AUGGCGUCGACGGAGCCGCCGGCACCACAACAAUACCAGCAAUCUUCAUCGGAGUACUACAACGAGCCGGAACCCGAGCCCAAGUACAAAGGCGUGAGGAAGCGGAAGUGGGGGAAGUGGGUCUCCGAGAUCCGCCUCCCCAACAGCCGGGAGCGGAUAUGGCUCGGCUCCUACACCUCCCCGGAAAAAGCGGCCCGCGCAUUCGACGCCGCCCUCUUCUGCCUCCGCGGGCCCGCCGCCCGCUUCAACUUCCCCGACGACCCACCGACGCCAGCCCUCCUCGGCUCCGACUCGGGCCGGGGCCGGUCGCUCAGCCCACAGGAGAUCCAGGCCCUGGCGGUCCGGUACGCCAAUAAUUACAACCAUGCCACUACGCAAGCAACAAGAGGAGGAGAAGAAGAAGCCACUAGAACAACAACAACAACAACAUUAUCGCCACGUGCGGGAAAUGGCGGGGGGGCCUACUACUCCAAUGCGGGGUCGGAUGAGGACGGGCCCGCACGUGUCGCCGCCGCCACCACCAGCAGCAGUGAUACGACGAUAGAUUGGUCGUUUUUGGGAAUACUGGAUUCCCGCGAACAAGGUGCUGCUACUACUAGUGCUGCGACGUCGGAUCACCAUUUUGAGCUGUUCUCCGGGAUGGACAAUAUGAGCAUGAGCGUGGAUAUGAAUAUGGGCGGCGGGGAUUAUUACCACGACCCGCACCACAUGGUUUUGGAUGGUAAUAAUGACGUCAUUAAUGGGGAUUAUUACUACCACCAUCACGACGAGGCGGUCGGGUACGACGUCGACGGGGGUUAUUCGCAGUCCUCGUUUCUGUGGAACUUCUGA